AUGAAAAUAAAUAGAGAUAAAUAAUUGAAUGAAAUGAGAUCCAAAAUUAAGUAAUCUCUAUUUACUAAAAAAGAAAUAAUAAACAAAAAUAUAGAUAAUGCUAGAAUUGUUAAAAGAUCAACAAGCAAUACUUAAUUAAAUAUUUAAUCCUAAGCUAAAGCAGACUAAAAAUAAAAGCCUUUUAUUUAGAAUCGUUUUCAUGAUUUAUACUAAAUUGGUUCCAUCAUCGGUUAAGGCUCAAAUGGAAUUGUUAAAGUUUGUUAUAAAAAAACUUAGUCAAGCAAACUUUUGAAUUUUGGCCAUAUUCCAACAAAAUAUGCAGUAAAAAUUAUACCCAAUGCUGAUGAUCCUGAAUUAAUAAACACUAUUACUUAGACAUUCAAUAUAAACAGAGAAUUGAAUAGCUUAUCAUAGAUUAUUUAAGUUUUUGAUUUAUUUAUAGAUGAAAAUGAAAAAGUUGCAUAUUUGGUAAUGGAAUAUUGUGAAUGGAAGAGUUUAGAAUACUAUGUUCAAAAAAAUUAAUUGACAAUUAAAUAAAUUAGAGAAAUUAUAAGAAGUUUAGCAAUUUCUUUAAAAUCUAUACAUAAUAAAGGAAUUUGUCAUAGAGAUAUAAAGCCAGACAAUAUUUUAGUAAAGCUUGGAGAUUAAACUGAAAUAAAAAUAAUAGAUUUUGGUGUGUCAAAGUAGUAUUUUAAGAAAAAUAAGAAUGGGAUUAUUAUUCAUGAAAUGUGGACAAGAACUGGUACAAUAUUAUUUUAAGCACCAGAAAUCUUUCUAUGUGGAAUUUAUAAUGAAAAAAGUAAUUAAUUAAAUUUUAAUUUAUAGUCGAUAUUUGGUCAUGUGGAAUCAUUUUGUAUUAAUUAUUAUGUCAUAAAUUUCCAUAUUUGGCUGAUACAAUUAUAGAUACAAUUGAAACAAUUACAAAUCCAAAUUAUAAUCCAUGGAGAUAAUAAGAAUUUUUAGAUCUACAUUAUUUGUAAUAAGAUUUAUUAAAACGUACACUAAGCAAGAAUCCAAAAAAAAGAUUAUCAGCAGAAGAGUUUUUAUUACAUCCAUGGAUUUCAAUGAAAACAAACUAAUAUGAUAAAACAAUGGAUGAUACUGAAAUAUCAAAGAAGAAAUCAAAAUUACGUGAUUUUAAAAUUGCAACUUGUCUCUAAUUAAGUGAUAUUUUUAAUCCUUAUAAGAAUACAAGUCCAUUAUAUUUAAAUCCAAUAUAAAAUGGAAAUACUAUUAAUAACAAUAAUAAUAUGAAUCAUGUGUAUUUUAACUAUAAUAAUAAGAAUGAUUUUAAGAUAAGUGAUUUUAUGAUUCGAAGUAAGUAGAAAUUAAGUGGAAGAAGCAGUUUUUUAUUUGCAAUAGAAAAUUCAUAGGAUAAUUCACCAAGAAUAAAUAUAGAAUAAUAAGAAUUAUAGUUAGAUGAGAAAAGAUCAGAUGAAGUAUUACAAUGUAGAUUAGAGACAAGAUUUUUAGAAUAUGGAUGUCAGAAUAGAAAGUUUUCGAAAUGA